AUGACACCUCUUCUCAGUCGAUUUCGGGCAGCAGUCUCGCGAAAAGGGAAACGAGGGUCAGUGUCGUUUGGCUCCAAGGAGUCUGCCUGGAAGCGACUACCAUCCGACGUGUUUGUUGUCAUCGUGGCAUUCUGCGAGCUAGAGGAUAUCAAAUCACUGGCUCUAACAUGUCGCCUGCUCCACUAUUUGGUUUUCAAAAAUGAAUUUGCCAUCUCGCGAGCGUACAUCGAACGUCGCAAGCAAAGGCCGGGCCUGGAGGGCUGCAAGACCAGCACCUUACCUGGCGAUGAUUUAACCUUCAUCUCCGAGUUGUUUCCUCCCCCGCCACCCCACUACACUUGGGGCAAUGAUCAAGCUAAUCCCGAGUACUCAUUGGGGUAUCUGGCUGACCUGACGCGGUGCUGGACAACAUGUGUCCAACUCUCGUAUCACCUGGCUGACCAGGUAAUUCAGCAUCAUCUGGUAACUGACGCAGUUGCGCGGGGGCUGUGGAAUUCCUCCAAAACAGAAAAGGAAGUCGUGUUCAGCAAAGCAGUUGGAAUUCUCCAGGCCAAGCUUUUAUAUCCAAUAGCAUAUACAAUCUUCUUCCUGGAAUCUUCCGCGCCUCCUUGCCCUGACCCGGAUUCCUCUGGUCAAUUUUCCAGGUGCACUCCAUCUGUGGAGCAGCAACAAUCGAUUUUACAAAAGCCACCUUUCACAGACACCCAAGUUCUCAUCGCGACUCAUCAUUGCAUGCAGCUACUCUGCUCCACCGUCCGGCGCCUAAUGAGCCCUGAUUUCUCCCAUUCAUCCUCGGAAGGUUGUGUCAGCCUGCUUCUUACUACCUCAACACUCGAGAAAAUUGUUGAUUUUUUCCUCGCCAUCGCCAAAGAUGAGAGAAUACGAGAAGCAACACCAAGCCCCUCUAUCUGGUCUCAUCGUAAAGAAUUCAUGUGGCAGAUGCGAAAGGAAUUGGGCGAUUACAUGAUGCCAGCUGGUCCGGCUGGCAAUCAAACAACGCCCAGACCAAGCUUGGAUCAGAUAUGGUUCCAGGUUGCGGGUAAUGAAUUGGCUCGGCGUGGGGCUAUUCCACAUACGGUGGACGAUUCAGUCCCCGUCCUGCACGGGUCUGUUGUGACCCUGCAGUGUAAAUUUUGCUAUGAUGGGGAAUAG